AGCAUCCGCGUAGUAACCACCACGCCCUUGGGGCUCGGGGUACGCGAAACGCCGCCUUCGAGAAACCGCGCUCCCUCCCUACAUAUUAAAGCCCUCCAGGGAGCUUAUUCCCUCUACCCUGGCGCUUUGUUUCGUCACUGCGACUGGCUUCUGAAUCGGAAUAUGGAUACUUCAAAUCCUGCCGUCUUUGUCAAUGGAGAGCUGCUACGGUUUUAUGUUGGACGGAGGGUGAGGGCUGUUGUGCAAGUUGUUCGAUCUGAUGCAGGAGCUAUAAUUGGAAAAUCAACUGAUGAGAAGCAGAUAGUUGUAAAGGGCAUCCCCCCGAGUGCUCUCACGAAUUUUGUUGAAGUUAUUGGCAUAGUUGACAGCGAUAGAUCCAUUCGUGCUGAGAUAUGGACCAACUUUGGUGAUUCAAUUGAUACCUUCAGUUACAAUAAGCUUUGCCAUCUUGCAAAUGGAGAAUUCAAGCACUUGUUCCUAUGAGGUAGGAUAAGAUUUUCUGGUGCUGCAAGGCCCUCUGUAUCUUUUGUAAAACAGCAAAGAGGGGAGACAUUAGAGUUGAGUCAGCGACAGUGUAUGGUAGCUACGCUGUCGAAGUUGGUUUCGGUUAUCUUGGUACAUAAAAUCACCGAUUAUACUAGCUUGAGCUCAUCUUCCGUUUUUUUUUCAUAUAAUUGUUUGUCAUGUUUCAAGUGGGUCCAUGGACUUGUGUCUUUCUUUCGCAAGCUAUGUUACGGAUUAGAUAUUUUGGUACAAA